CACCGAGCUUCCCGUACUGAUGAAGCGGUGUUGACUAAUGUGUCAAAAUGGCAGAGCUAACAACUCUCGAGAGCCUGCUGGAGAUGGGCUUUGACAGAAACAGAGCGGAGAAGGCUGUGGCCAAUACAGGGAACCAAGGAAUAGAGCAAGCCAUGGACUGGCUGGUGGAGCAUGAAACUGACCCAGACAUUGAUGAGCCCUAUGUUCCUCCGGUGGGGGAUGUCGUGGGAGGAGCAGAUAGCCGGUCCAACACAGAACAGCCAACAGUAGGAGACCCUGCUGAAGGUACGGCAGAUGGAGACAUUGACUACAUUGAAGAUAUGGACGGUUCAAGACGAUUUAUGACAGAAGAGGAGAAACGCGAACAAGUCAAAAGACUAGAGGAACUGAUGAGGAUGAAGCAGGCGGAGAGAAGAGAGCGGGAGCGAGCAGAAGAGGUGGAGAGGGAGAAGAACCGGAGGAAGCAGGGCCAAGAGCUGCAGCAGAUCCGCCAAAAACUACAGGAUGAUGAGAUGAAAAAACUUUCUGACCAGCGCAGGAAAGAGAAGAUGGAGGAGAAACUAGCUAGGCAAAGGGUUAAAGAGAAAAUAGCACGCGACAGAGAGGAGAGAGCACAAAAGUUUGGAGGUGGUGCACCCUCGAGCACAGCUGCUUCAUCCCAGCCUACCCCAGUCAGUCCGUCAUCGCCCACUGGUCAGGGCCCUCCACCCACUAAGAAGGAGUAUGACGAGUCCAGAAUACAGGUGCGAAUGCUGGACGGCUCGACCAUCACAACAGUGUUUAAGGCCCAGGAGCCGCUGGCAGCAGUGCGCGUCUAUGUGCAGAUGAACGGCAACACGCCUGAGGGGCAGGACUUCACACUGCUGUCACCCUACCCACGCCACGUCUACACUGAACUGGACAUGGAGAAGCCCCUGAAAGAGCUGGGUUUGGUGCCUUCAGCUGUGCUGGUUGUGACCAAAAAAUAGGAACUGGAGGAUCUGCUCUGUGAGCCUACCUCACCAACUCCACUACAUCCACACCAGAGACACCGGAAACAGAGCCGUCAUCUUUUAGUAUCAUUCAAUAAGCCAGUUAAUUUAACUAAAACAGAGAUGUAGUGUGGUUUUGCAUUUAGAUUUGAAAGUGUGUUCACGAGGAAAACAUUGGUUUCUCAAGGCUCACUGAAUGCAGCCUUCUGCUAUUCUGUGCUCUGUUGCAUGCAGCGAACUGGACGAUGGCUUUUACUGAUAAAAAGAUGAUACCUGGCUUUUGACUGAUACUUCCUUCAGGAGCACCAUUUGUGGUUUUAGCAACACAUUUGAGAAAAUACCCAGAACAAAUCAUUCAGUUUUAACCUGCUACAGUGGUUCUCAAAGGGCCUUAAAUCCUGUCCUCACAAUCUUCCUUAUUUUGUGAGGUUGUACUUAUAGCAUUUUUUUUUUAUAAUUUCAGAUAUUCUGACAGUUAUGUCUAUAUAGUCACCAAAUAUCCACUUACAAUAAAGCUGACUUUGAGAGUUGAGUUGGUGGACUGAAUUUUUUUUGAAAGUCAUUUUCCUUCCUUGUUUUUCUAAUAAUUUUAUUAACAAAUCUAAUAAAAAGUCCAAGAGCUGAUGAAUAAUA